ACAUCCACUCACACGCAAACACACACACUCAUUGACCUUCACAAGUAACAGGAAAUAGCUCCAGUCAAAACCUGAUCUUGAGAAGAGGACUUUAGACCAGCUGUUGAAGAGAGAGAGGGAGAGUCACACAGUCACCAACAGCAGUGCAGCUCAUCUGAAACACGGCCAGAUCGACAAUCUGUAAAGGAAGCUGGGGUCUGGAACUGAAGCAAACAUUCCCCACAGUUGACAGAAUGGAGUCAACGGAUGGUCCCAUAUUCCAGCCCAAAAUCUUCCUGGUUUCCAAGCACACAAGCGUCCAGCUGGCAGAGCAACCGAGUGGGACAUUCCGGAAGAGGACUCCGCCACCACUGAAAGAUGUAACAACUCCCCCGUCUGACUCCAUCAAUUCUCCCGCACUGAAAGACUUCAUCCCUUCUCACCUUCAGAAUCAGCUGACCACUGAGCUCCUCUCAACUCCAGAAACCGCCAUCAAUGGUUGGAAUGAACCAUUGGAGCCUGUGAUGGUCCCCCUGAUCAAUGGAAUUAAAAGACACUCUGGAUGUCCAGAUGCAGCACUCACCCAUCAUCCCAGGGUGGAUACUGGAACAGCUCAGGAUGAAAGUAGAGCUCGACGGGAAAAGAUCUGGAUAAAGUACGACGGUGUUGGUCCAAUGGAUGAAGUGGGAAUGCCUAUAGCUUCCAGGCCGAGUGUGAACAAGCCAAGGGAUUGGUACAAGAGAAUGUUUCAACAAAUUCACAGUAGACCCACAGGUUAUGAAUUUGGCACCUAUGAUGUCACAGACCAGUCAGACAGAGAGUCCCUCUCAAGUGACCUGCCUCAUGGUUUGACAGAAGUGGAGGUUCCAGAAUCUGAUAUUCUGCAGCCAGAUUUCACCCUGAGCCACUGGAAGGAGCUAGAACUUAGAGGGGUGCAGAGUGAAGGCCACAGGCUGCAGGCUCAGCACAGGAGCAUCUUCAACUAUGAGCCACAGGACUGCACAGCCCAGGAGCCUGAGCAACAGGCUGAGUCUUCAAUUCUGAGCUCUUCGACCAGGAGACUCUCAAACUCAGUUGAGAUCUCACUCGAGAAAGAGCUGAGCCAGUUGGAAGCUGAGUUAGAUUCCGAUCUGCAGAACCUCGAGCUGCGGCUGGCAGAGAGAGACAGGACACAUCAGGAAAGAUCGGGAAGCUGGCAGCUGGGAGGGCAGCCUCUGAGAGUCAGUGCGAUGAACUCGCCUCCUGGGUGGGACCGGUCAUCUGUCCAUCUCCAACCUAAUGGUCAACGCAGCGAGUUGCCCAGCAACGGGAGCAUCCAUGGAGAUGUGAACGGGAGAGAUCAUCCAGGAUCUUCUUCAGGAGAUUCUUGGAACUCUGGGAAUAACGAGAGCAGUCCUGACAGGAAACAGGACAGAGGGUCGGAUCAGUCACACAACACAGAAAUGGCAAAGAUGAAGGCUGCCCGUGCAAAGUUUGAUUUCCAGGCUGAAUCUCCGAAGGAACUCACUCUUCAAAAGGGAGAUGUUGUCUACAUCCACAAAGUGCUCGACCAGAACUGGCUGAAAGGGGAGCACCAUGGGAGGCUCGGAAUCUUUCCUACAUCUUAUGUUGAGUUUAUUCCUGCUACUGAGAGACCGACUCCGAUUAAAAGCCCGCCCAUUCAAGUCCUGGAGUAUGGAGAAGCUAUUGCCGUAUUCACUUUCAAAGGGGACCUAAGUGUGGAGCUCUCCUUUCGCAAGGGUGAAACCAUCUCACUGAUCCGAAGAGUUGAUGACAACUGGUUGGAGGGAAGAAUAACAGGCACCAAUCGACAAGGGAUCUUUCCAGCCAAUUAUGUACAGGUGGUGAAAAGUCCAAAGGUGAAAAAUGCUAGUGAAUAUGCCACUGGUCCAGCCCCAAUGUCCCAAAAUCACCACUACCCCAAUACAUCAUCCAGCCCCCCUAUCCAGCAACCCCCUAAAAACUCACAACCCCCCAGAACCCAGCAAUACCCCACAACCUCGCCGGCCUCCACAAUCCAGAAAUACCCCAAUACUUCACCAACUGCUCCAACCCAGCAAUAUCAAAAAACCUUACUGAGUCCCCCAACCCCAGAUCGUUACAAUCCUUCAAACCCCAUAACCCAGCCAUACCCCAAAGCCCCACCAAUCACUCCAACCCAGCAAUACCCCAAUAUUUCACCCACCCCAAUAACCCAGCCAUACCCCAAAGCCCCGCCAAUCGCUCCGACCCAGCAAUACCCCAAUAUUUCACCCACCCCAAUAACCCAGCCAUACCCCAAGAUGUCAUCAACUCUGCCAACCCAGCAAUGCUCCACAUCCUCACCAACCUCCACAAAACGGGAGCGCUCGGAUUCAUUGACUAGACUCCCAGACAAACAUUACUCAGUACCAAUGCCAUCCAUCAAUCAGCAGACAGUUCUGGCAUCAAGCACCAAUCAGCACUUAUUGCCAGCUUUGUCGACCAAUCAGCACAAAGACAGUUCAGCCGCCCCUCUCACCUGGCACCUGCAGUCGCCACCUCCUCAGCCGGGCCUAAGCUCAGUAACCGUGCCAACUGCUUCCUCCGUUCAGCAGUUCCAGAUGACUUCUGACCCCGGUCUGCAGUCGGGCAGAAUUUACACUGAACCAAUAGGAUCCCAGAUGGUUCCCUCAGGCAAUGUGCUUGGUGCAGGCUGGAGUCCGUACAGGGCAUUGUAUAACUACCACCCUGUGAAUGGGGACGAAUUGGAGUUGAUCGAAGGUGACCUUGUGGAUGUCAUGGAGAAAUGUGAUGAUGGCUGGUUUGUAGGUACAUCUCGACGGACCAACAAUUUCGGAACAUUCCCCGGGAACUAUGUGCAACCGGCAUAAACUUUACCACCAGCAUGAGAACCUCCAUCACAGUAUUCCAGGCCUGAGUCCUCUCUCUCUCUCUCUCUCUCUCUCUCUCUCCCUCUGUUUUUUGCUAUGCCUUGUUUAUCUUGCUCUCUCUUUCGCUCGCGUUCUCUGUCACUGUUGCUGCUUUUCUCUCUCCCUUUGA